AUGGAGCAAGACGAGGUCCCCAUCGACACCGUCGGUUCGCGGCUGGACGAGUAUGCGCGCGCGAACGGCUUGACCGUCGACUCUCAAGUCGAUAUAUUCCCCUUGCUCGCCCGAUUCAGAGAAAGGAGCCUGCAUCUGCUAUUCCCCCCUAGUGAUGUGGGCGAGUCGGCUGAUAGCAUCCCUAUUCCCUCAUUACCAAUACCUCCUCUAACCCCUGGAACUGAGCAGCUUAGCAUACCUAAGGAUUCGCUCGAGCUACUGCGAAGCGCCGCCUCCGUCGAGGCGAUCGACACCGAGAAAUUGAGUCAGGCUUCCUUUGCAAGCUUCGCCGGGUUGAAAUUGGAAACCCCGUUGCUUCGUAACGAUCCUGAGUACGACUGUAGAGAACUAGCGAGAUCCGUCCGGGAAAGGAGGCGGGUCGACAUAGACGUUACGAAAAUUCCGUCCGAGCCUCUCAACCCACAAUUAGACCAGGCUCUUACGUUCCCGGACACGGCGUUCCAAUAUAGGGAGGGGUUGGAAAGGGAAACCCGCGGGGAAAUGUUGGACGUCCCCAGACAAGCUUUGCUCCAUCUCUCCCGCGCAAUGAAAGAUACAUGGUGUGAUGAUAAUCUACAAGAAUUUUUCGAUGAGAUCGACGUACCAUGUCGGAAGCAUCGUCAAGAUUUAGCUAUCACGCCUCCACUCAGCCCCAUUGACCGAGAUGAGGGGUACUUUGUUCCUGAUGACGACACCUGUGAAGUCCCCGUGUCAUCGGAUGUUAGUACCUUGCUCGAUACUGACUUGGAUAGAGUCGAAGCCGAUAUAUUUCGGCAAGAUGCUUGUGACGUCGCCAUUCCGUCUCCUCUACGCCUCACAACCACUGCCAGAUCCCCCUCCGAGGAAGUUCCACUGCUUGCGCCACAAUAUCGGAGCCUACGUUCGCUGAAACUGGAAGGGAAACUAACCCCAGUGGACUCCUUCUGCGCUUCCGAGCUGGCAAUAGAUACGCCGCGGUUCAUUCAGGGAGUGGAUAUUGACCAGGUCCUAGCUACAGAUCAGUCGGACCCUUCGAACACCGAAGGAGAAGACCGCGGCGAUGCUAUCUUCAGUGACGAGACCCUGGGGGUAUUUCACGAGAGAGCUACCGAUGUGAAAAGAAGGGUUGAGCAGGAAUAUCUACAAACUGCAGAUGCGACCGCCCGCGUAGAGGUCCCGGCUCUGGAUUACUCGAUACCAAAGCCCGACUGGCAAAACAUAUCGCUAGAUCCGGCAUCGCAGUUGGCUUGGAUAAAAGAGACUUGUAAGACUUUUGCUGUCGCACCCUGGCCAAAAGAUUCCCAGGCCGAAAACCGGCUUCGCUGGGCUCCGUUUGCAUACAAGAUGAGCCGUUUCUCGGCGAGAGAGUUUAUCGACGACGCUGGGACCAUUGAAGAAUUGCUGGGACCUGUAAACCUCGAUAAGGUACCGACGAGCGCGGAUUAUGUAUGGAAAUAUCCAGGUCUAGCGAUCCUCCGGGACCCCGAAGAGGGAGAGGACGAACUAGACCCUCCUCCUACUGACCAAGAAAACAGCAGAAGUCUGGACUCACUGCUUAGGAAAAGGCGUGCUGAGCUUAGUAACCCAGACCCUGGGCCUGAUAGGAGCCGUGGUUCGGCAUCGCCGAUUGAACUUGUCAAAGUCACUGAAAAUACAGCACCGACAAUUCUGGCAUCGUCCAGUAGUCAAGCGCCUAGUCUUCUUCUUGGAUGCAGUGACCCCUUCGCGACGUCGACUUUGCUAUCAAACUAUGUCGAAUUCCACCCUUCGAAGAGGCGAAGGAAAAUGAAAAGGCCCCCCUCCGCAAAAUCUAAAGCAGCGGCCGACCAGAUGAGUUCUAUAAGGGCUAGUAUUGAAUCCCAGGCGCCCCCGACUCCAGGAAUCAAUCUGGAGAAGAGGGCACCGGCUCCAGCCCCUAUCCCGGAACUAGAGCGGACACCCCCGCCGACGAAAAUAGUCAAAGCGUUAACGCUAGAGCGCGGAAUAUUCUCGCGUCUAGAAAAGCUGUAUCCGAAUGCUCGGAUUAUUGAGCGGGACUUCGACAGAUGGAAUACCCUGGCUUGGGGUCGGAACUCGGUGGUGCGCUCACCACUGGUAUCGCCGCUCGCCGCUGAGGCGGAUAUAAUCGCCUCGCCGACUACGGGGAUCAUGGUGACUACACUGCUCAAGGCUAUACAGAAGCCGGUUCCGUGCGAUAACGGAAAUAAGGGCAAAGCCGGUCUCGCGGCGAUCCGUGAGCGCGUUCGCAGCGUCGCGCUCCGGUACGAGCGCCUCAUUAUCCUCGUUUCCGAAGCAAACCGCAUUGACGAGGCGGCGCGUAAUCUGACAGCCUCCGAGUGCGCCGGCUACACCGACUUUGUCGGCUUCGUCACCGGGCUGGACACGGGCGCGCAGGUAUAUUACGUUGGGGGCGGUAACGAGACGCUAGCGAGUUGGCUGGUUGCAAUCCUGAUGCGGCACGCACCGGAGGCGGCCACGGUAGAGGACACGCUAAUUCAAGGAGAGACGCUGUGGGAGUUAUUCCUGAGGCGUGCGGGACUGAAUGCAUUCGCCGCGCAGGCUAUAUUAGGGCGGCUAAGACCCCCCGACGACGUCCCGGAAGAGGACCACGAGGCUGGCAGGUACGGGCUGUCAGCAUUCGUGAGGAUGACAUCGGAGGAGAGGGUGCGAGAGUUUCGUGACCUUAUGGGCGGAGAGAGAGUGUUGCAGCGAGUUAACAAGGUCUUGGAGACAAAAUGGAGUAAUUGA